AUAUAUGGCUUGCACUUUUUAAAUUUCCUGAAGUCCCUGAAAUCAAAACAAAUGCAGGAGCAAAGGCAUAUAAUAAAUUAUGGGAAGUUGAUGAUUAUAAGAGAAGCAAAGGAGAAUUGUUUAAAACCACCAAUAAUCGUCUUUGCACUGCUGUCCGCAGCACUGUUUUAAAUCCAGGUGGUAAAGAUAUUCAAUGCACUGAAGAAAUCAUUAAAAAGUAUUGUGCUAUUUUUCUGGUAAACAAGAUUCCAAGUAAAAAUGAUAUUAUGAAUAUUCAAGAUGACUCAAGAGACGAAAGUAACACAAAUGAUUAUAAUGAUAAUAACAUUGAAGAACAUUCUGAGAAUGAUACCGAUGAAGAU